GUUGCCCAGCGAGCCACAGCGCAAGAAAUAAUGUCAACCAUGCCGUGACUGUGGUUGGUUUCGGUGAAGACAAUGGUCAAAAAUAUUGGCUCAUGCGGAACUCCUGGGGACCUCAUUGGGGAAUGCAGGGAUAUAUGAAGAUCAAACGCGGAGUCAACAUGUGUGCCAUUGGACGGGAAUGUACCGUGCCCAUUUGCGGGUCCGACUCUGCCCCUCUCUCAAGCUUGCCACCACCACCUCCAGCAAGUCCCACUUGUGACGUCUCGGCCAGAUAUGUCAUUACUGGCAACUACAACUGGAUGUUCCGAAACGUCACCUCGCAAGUACGUUGCACCGCAGGAAUUUGCCAACUGCGAACGGGUACUAUGAUGGGUAACUCUCUUUGCAAACAAUUGUGCGGAUCCACAACCAGUGAAUGUUUCGCGGCUUAACCUCAUGAUGGAAAUGGCACCCAUAGGGUCAAUAUGUCAGCCAAUCUUAAGACAAUAAAUCAAUUGCAUC